GCCAUUAAUGUGGUCAGAAGGAGACAACAGUGAAACUUUCUUUCGUGUUCUUGUUUUUCCUGCAGAGGUUCAGUGAAUUCUUUUUUUGCAGGGCCCCAACUGCAUCCUGAUGACCCUCUGAGUGCUGCAGACGUGCUGGUUCCUGGGCUCAGUGCAUGGAGAGGUUCUUUUAGGGCUUUCUGCUGUGAUGCUCCACAGGAAGGACCCCCACCUGCUGCAAGACAGCAGCACAAACUCAUGCUCCAACCGCCAGCAGCAAUCAAGUCAUCUCUAAACCAGCACCACUCCACCCUUCCUGGGGCAGCAAAACACCUGCAGGGACGGAUGGGUGGAGGUGGCACAGCGGUGGGGUUGGCAGUGUCCACUUGUCUGUCAGAACCUGCCCCACAGAUUGUUUUGUUGCGGUGUGACCAGGGCUGGGGGCUGAAUGGGACAAGGACAGCAGUGACCGGGGGUCUGAGGUUUGUCGCCAGGGUCUGGGUGAUGGAGUGGGGCAGCUUUGAGCAAACUUUAGCCUUCGUCUGCAGGAAAGAGAUGAGAGAUGCUGCAGGACAGGGCGUCCUUCUCCUCCCCCCUGAAUUUCAGAGAACAUCUGAACUGAAAUAGCAGAGGCAUCAAGAUAAAGCUGGUGUCUGUGCAGAUCGCGAUGGGGAGAUGGGGCAGAGAACAGGAACUCGGCCUGGAGGAGGGGGGCUGAGUGCCACGUGGGGAGGACACCAUACGGGCUGUGUGAGUGCUGAGCAGUGAGGACCCAUUGGGGUGAUCCGAGUGUCCCUGGUCUCAUCGGGCUGCGGAGGCAAAAUGUUCAUUGCCAUCAGAUGCCUCCUUCCCACUGCUGCUCGGAUGCCAUUCACUGUUUGAGGAGCUGCUUCAGGCCCUAGCAGGGCACAUCCCUUCAUCCCUUGACCUUCAUCUCCACCUGCUCCAUCUUCUGCCUCCCAAAGCUGACGUUUGCCGGUGGCUCAGACAAAGCCGAGCGCUGGGAGGGGUCUGUGGGGCUGACAUGGCCCCUUUGGGACUGAACUCUUUGCACCAAGGGCUGAGCACACCACACUCUGCUUUCCCCAUGCUUAGGGCUCAUUCUUCCCGCUGAUUUCUGCUCCUUCAAUCUCAGGGCCACCUGCUGACCGUAUCAGCACGAGCUCCACUGACAGCGAAACCAAACUGGUACCAACAGCUGAAAAGACAAACGUGGAGCCUGGAGCCCCUCUGUUUUCCAUCAGAACCACUUUUGUUGCACACCAUCUCCUGCAGGAGGAACACCGGAACAUCCUUUGCAUUUUCCAUGCGCUCGUGCCACAGUCCAGGAGAAAUCCCCACAUCCCACACCAGUGGGAUGGCCCAGCUCUGCCUGGGGACCUCUCCAUGACUCCGAGUCAGUCUGCACUGAGAACAGGGUUCAGUUGUGAUCCUGAUGCUCUUUCUUUGCAGAUGUUUGGGUGGGUCCAUCCUUGCAGAGAGAUGUGGUUGACGAUGUUGUAACUUCCCUUUUUUCUAUUUUUUUUUUCUUCACGUUGGUAGGUAUCAGCCUCGCUGCUUUCACCCUCCUCAUUACCUACUGCACUGGGCCUCCAACGAGCAGCUGGGGAGCAGUGCUGGCUGCUGUGCCCCAUCCUGGCAGCACGAGCCAUGCCAGCACUCUGGGGCUGGCAGAUGGGGCUCUGACUCCCACCUCUACACUGGACUGCCUCCAGCCCUCAAACAGAGGCUUGGCUCUGCUCAGAACCUCACCUGAGCCCUCGGUGCUCAGAAUUUGGAUGGCCCAGGGCUGAGCUGGAUGCUGAAUCGCUCCUUCUCCCUUUCUGCUCAAUAUCCCGAGCUCAGAAUGGACCUCCUCGACAAGAAGAGCUCCUGCUUGCAGCUGGCUGCCAUGCGGAAUGUGAACAUCAUCCUGCAGCACUACAACUUCUCCGGCAAGCUGACCAACCGGCACUCCCGGGAUGAGGGCAUGGGCCUGCUCCGCACCAUCUUCGUCAUCAUCAGCUGUGCCAUCAUCCUGGAGAACCUGCUGGUGCUGCUGGCUGUGCUGCGCUGCCUGCGGGCACGCCGCUGGGUCUACUCUUGCAUCGCCAGCAUCACCGUCAGCGACCUGCUGGCCGGCAUCGCCUACCUCUCCAACCUCUGCCUCUCAGGCAAGAAGACCUUCCAGCUGUCCCCUCAGCUCUGGUUCCUGCGGGAGGGCAUCCUCUUCAUCGCUCUGGCCGCCUCCACCUUCAGCUUGCUGGUGACGGCCAUCGAGAGGUACAGCGCCAUGGUGCGGCCGAUCGCUGAGAACGAGGCCAGCAAGACGCUGCGCCUGCGCGGCCUCAUCGUGUUCUGCUGGCUGCUGGCCUUCGUCAUCGGGCUGCUCCCGCUGCUGGGAUGGAACUGCCUCUGCGAUUUCAGCACCUGCUCCAUUCUCCUGCCCCUCUACUCCAAGAACUACAUCCUCUUCUCUGUGGUCAUGUUCAGCAUCAUCCUGCUGGGCAUCAUCGGCCUCUACAUCUCCAUCUUCCAGCUGGUCCAGGCCAGCUCAAAGCAAACUACCUCUCGGCACAGCCGCAAGCGCUCCCUCCGUCUGCUCAAGACGGUGCUGAUGAUCCUGGGCGCCUUCAUCAUCUGCUGGAGCCCCCUCUUCGCCCUGAUGCUCUUCGAUGUGUUCUGUGAGACGCACACCUGCAGGCUGCUGCAAAGCCUGGACUGGACCUUGGCUCUGGCCAUGCUCAACUCGGGCAUAAACCCCAUCAUUUACUCACUGCGGAGCGUGGAGGUGCGCCGUGCCGUGUGCAGCCUGCUGUGCUGCUGCUGCAUCAGGAUCGGGCUCUGCAAGCCUGGGAACUGCCUGGUCAUCACUGACAUCAACUCUGGUUCAUCCACCGAGAGCUCCCUGCGCUACCGGGAGAGCUUCCGCAGCCCCAUAGCCCCGAUCCUACGGCCCAGAGCACCUCUCUCCAGCAACUCCAGCAUGAUGAGCAACCUGCCCAGUCUCUGAGAGGCCAAAAGUGGUCCAGAGAGCCUGCCGGGACCUCAGGGUGCUGGGUGUGGCCUAUCAGAACCGUGUCAGAUGCUGUCCCACCCCCGCUGCUGACUGUGGCCAGGCUUUGAGCAGGAGGUGGCAUAGAAACAUGCUCCUGGAGACAGUGAGGGAUACAGGCACAGGCUGGGAUAGAAGCUCUGCUCAGAUGGAUGCUGUGCUGGAGUAGGAGUGGGUGCUGCUCCAUAUGUGCACGUAUACAGGUGCUGUACCUGCUCUUGUGAGGGCAUUCAGCCCCACUGCGUCCCACGGCACAGAGACUGCACUCCCCAUUUGGACUUCUAGGAGUUAUCAGCAGCAGAGAUGAGAACUGAGGGUUGCAGGCAAUUGGGCCACCAGCAGCCACGUCUGCACCCACCGCUGCCCAGGGCUCAGCGCUGCAGCCCCGGCCCGCGGGACAAAGCAGCAGGAGGGGUGCCGAGGUGCUGCAAGACCCCGGGCAGGAGCGGGGCGCUGAGAUACACAGACACAGGAAGGGCGGUUCCAGGGGCGGGCAGAGCGCUGUGCUGUGCGAGCUCCUGAAAGGGGCCUUCUGCAGAGCGACGUUACGACAGAGAACAGCAUCCAAUUACCCCCCAUCGCCGUGCGAAGCCAAAGCCAGCCGGGCCCUGCGGAGAAGCUUAAAAGCUUACAAUAAAAUCAUCGGUCAGGAAGCCCGCGUUUGGUGCGGUUUUAUUGAGUCUCGGGCGCGGGGCAGCUCGGAUCCCGCAGUAGGAGGCCCAGUGCCGCCCCCUGCGGCAGCCGGUAGGGCACGGAGCCGCGAGAUGGGCGCGCGCGGUGCCCCCGAUCCCCGCAGGCCCGGCGGGACCCGGUGCCCGCUCCCCUACCGGAAGUGCCCGCUCCCAGCGCCUGCUCCACUACCGGAAGUGCCUGAUCCCAGUGCCCGCUCCACUACC